AUGAAGUACGAAUCGGUUGCUGAUCGCUUUACCUCUGACGACCAGUUCAGAGGUCGCAUGGUGCAGGAAGGCCGCAACAUGGAGGACACGCAGAAAUUCGAUUACAUGUCGUAUGCAAUCCUUUCGGACCCUGGGAGGUCGGAGGAGCAGCGCCACCUUCGGGCAGGCUCGUGUUAUCAAUCCGAAGACUCCGCUGGAAUCGGUCCGGCCAAAUUGGUCUUCUAUGCCAACUGCGAUGUGGAGCCCAUGCGUACUCUUCGCCCUCUGGAUGACACCACAGACUUCCCAAUGGGAGUCACAUACAUGGGUGCAUUCCUCAGCCCACGGCUCUUCUGCGAGAUCGCGGCGGUCAACAAGAACGCCAAAAGAAUCCUCACCUUCGACGGAGAGGUCUAUCUCAGCUCAGAAACGGUGAACGACCGCUCGGGACGUUUUGUUUUAUAA